AUGCUGUCUGUAGCGUUCGCCUCCUUCCUCAGCGCCUCGCUGCUAUUGUUGAGCGAAAACAGCUCACAGGCUAUUGCGUCAGCAACCGUAAAAUAUACUGCAAAACUUGGCACCACUGUCCAAUGUCUCAGCGAAAUAAACGGUGCCCGUGAAGCAGCUGGAUUGGCUAACUUCGCCGACGCAGCGACCAAAGAAGAGAAAAUAUCUGAACCUAGCUCCUCAGAACUUGAAAGCGAAUGGAAAAAGCUUUGCGAAUAUUUGAUACCACCACCAUCUCAAGAAGAAAGCGUCCAAGCAACUGCAGAGCCCUUCAAGGAUGGAACCUAUGCUUUCAAAUCGUUGACCGCCGAGCAACCCGACUGCGAAAAAACUGUUGAUUACUGGAAGGCAGCCUACAAAAACUUCACUGGAAUGCCUCCACCAAAAAGUGAAGACACAAGCAUAUACAGCAAACAAGAUAACGUCUCUUUUGUAGCUCUGUACAACCCCAUACCCAAAGCCACAGCAGACUGCCGAGUCGUCACUUGCACUCAAACAAUUACCGCUGCUUCAGUUCCUGCAGCUGCAGCUGCGCAAGGUGAUGGCGACAGCGAAGCCGACACCAGAACCAAAACAAAUGGCUAUGCGUUGAUUUGCAAGACGAUGCCUGCUGCUUUUGAAAGUGACAACACUCCUCCAUUCACGGAAGAGCAAUGGGACAAGAUCAAAUAUUCCCUCACAGGUUCCGCGUCAAUAGCAGCCCCAAGCCUGGUUGCUCUUGCCAUUCUGGCGCUCGGCAUUACGACUGUAUGA